UGUCUGCAGAAUUCCUUUUGUGGAGUCUACACAUUCAGUUAGGAACGUGGAUGGUGUUGUCUUAUAAAUUUAAUAAUGAUUACAUGUGAUAUAGAUCCUGACGUUGUUCGAUGGGGUCUCCAAGAUCUACAAGUUUGUGUAUUUGGCCAUUCUGGUGCCAGUGGAAGUGUCAUGCAGUAUGACAAAGACGAUAGUCAAACUGGAUAUAUUAGAGAGGGUUAUCAAGAACCUGAACCUGAACAUGUAAAUGUGGAGAAUGAUGUGGUUAUCGCACAUGCCCUUCAAGAGGAACUUUCGCGACUUGCUGCUGCAGAGGCAUCUGGAUUUAACAAUCUUAGCCAAGAUUCCAUUCUUGCUCAAGAUUGGAAUGUUAUUCCCGGAAGACAACAUAGUUCUGAUCAUGAACGUGGGCAGAAAAUCAUAGAAGAUCUUAACCAAAGACGUGGAAAUGAAGUUAAUCAUGGAAAGUCGGAUUUAGAUGAUCCUAUAAUUAGUAGUUGCGAACAAGGUGGUGACUCUGGCAUGGGAGACAAAAUUUGUCAAGGUGAAGACAUGUUGUGUAUUGAUAUAAUCGAUCAGUCAUCUGUUCUCGAUGGUCAAGUAGAGAAGAGGUUGAAUGACAUGGUUGCUAUUCCUCAUGUACCUAAAAUUAAUGGAGAAAUACCAUCAGUUGAUGAAGAAACUUCAGACCAUCAAAGGCUGCUUAAUAGGUUGCAGUUGUAUGGUCUGGUUGAGAAUAAGGUUCAAGGAGACGGUAACUGUCAGUUUCGUUCAUUAUCAGAUCAACUUUACCGUUCUCAAGAUCACCACAAGUUUGUGAGGCAGCAAGUUGUUUACCAGCUUACAUCGAAUUCAGAGAUUUACGGGGGUUAUGUUCCAAUGGCUUAUGGUGACUAUUUGAAGAAAAUGAGCAACAGGAAUGGUGAAUGGGGUGAUCACGUUACCUUGCAAGCAGCUGCAGAUUUGUAUGGCGUAAAGAUAUUUGUAUUAACUUCCUUUAAGGAUACAUGCUAUAUUGAGAUCCUUCCACAUCAUCCAAAGUCUGAACGAAUUAUUUUCUUGAGUUUCUGGGCUGAGGUGCACUAUAAUUCGAUUUAUCCUGAAGAAGAACAACCGAUGCUAGAGAGCAAGAAAAGGAAAAAAUGGUGGAUACUUUGAAGGGAGGAUGGCUAACCAUGUCGACCAUAAAUUUAGAUAUAAACCUCUUCCAAAGGGCAUUUUAUAUGGCUUCUGGUCUCUUUCAAAAGGUUGUAGAUUUCCUUUGGGGAUGGCUUUAGUCUGCUUUUGCUAGUAGUACCUUGGAGAAAGGUGCAACUAACUAUUCUUUUUUUCUUUGUACAUGCAAUUUUCAUGUGUGUAUAUAUGUGACCUUUUCGAAACCCUUUUACUUUAUUUUCUAAUUUUCCAAUUGGUGUUAGGGAAGUAGUUUAACAGCAUAGCAUCUUCAUUGUAAGUUCGUUGUGGUUCUCUGAUUCCUUCUGUUUAUUUAUUUAUUUAUUUAUUCUUACAAA